AAGACGUUAACAGAUGCUAGUACUAUUUAAUAUACUGUACAUUUUGUGUCAAUAACUUUAUGAUAUACUAUAUUCUGUUUACGCAUUAUAUCAAAUUUACAUUAUAACAAUGAAUGUGUUUGCUUCCACAGCAACCUUUUUGGUCGCUUUGGUUGCCGUACAGGGUUCAGAUCCAUGUAAUAUAUCCACUUGUUACACGGGUGUCACUAAAACUCAAACGUCCACUACACGUUUACCAGUAUCGUCUACAACAUACGCUAAAGAUCACACACAUGGGUCAACUAGCAAUGUAACUUUAAAUAACACCUCUACUUGGACUACAAAAAAAAUUAGUGGUACUGAACCCACAACUAAAAAGAGUUUGAAUGUUAAUAUUACGACUUCUAAACCCAAGUUGACUGAUGGACAUUUGGCGUUAAAACAGAAAUUGAACACCAUUGCAGUAAAAUGCAAAGAUGAAUUACGAGCACCCCAGGAAAUAAUGGCAUUAGUAAGCAACACAGUUCUCCCACAGAACGAGCAGCAGAGAUGUUAUUUGGAAUGUUUAUAUAAAAAUCUGAACUUAAUAAAGAAUAAUAAAUUUAGUGUAGCAGAUGGUAAAAUGUUGGCACAAAUAAGAUUUACUAAUCAACCUGAUGAAUUAAAAAAAGCGAUAUCUAUUAUUGAAAUAUGUGAAAAGGAAGCAAUUAUUGAUCCAAAAUCCACUGAAAAAUGUGUAGCAGGUCGAGUAAUUAGACAAUGUUUUGUCAAAAAUGGAGAAAAGAUAAACUUUUUCCCGAAAGCCUGAGAACAGUUUUAUAAAAUGAGAAUGAAGAAAAAUAUGGAGCAAAGGCAUAUUAAGAAGAGGCAAAUUGAAGUAUUACAAAUUUCUUGUAAUAUAUAUAUAUACACUGAUAUGAAUAAAAAUCAAAACAUUUUUAUGUUUGGUUAUAUAUAAA